AUGAGUCCCUUUGAUCACGAUCUUCAUCACUUGUUCGGUAUUUCGACAAUACAAAGCCACCUACCCUUUGUAACUCAACACGCUGGUCCUUUCAAUACCACCACCAGCGACCCAUUCGCACUAUUCUCGCCUGCGUCUGGUCUCUUCUCACCCUUUUCCGACCUUUCUUAUGUGUUUGUUCUCAAUCGAUUUCCUCUUUCCUUUUGCGUGCUUUCGUUGGUCACGAUCGACUCUGUCCCCGUUCGAGUUUCGAAUUGUUUCAUCUUCCUCCUUUCCUUUCGGUUUUUCCUUUCGGUCUUUCCUUUCUCGACAAUAUUAUUAUCAUUUUUAUCCGGUUCGACAAAUAUUUUUAUUAUUCUUAUCGCAAGAAGCGUUCGCAGUCCGGAAUGGUGUGGUAGCAGGUGUGAAGAACUGGUGGGGCGGGAACCCAUGUCUUCAUGA